AUGAUGGAAUUUGGUAAAAUUACUAAUUCUCAUCUUCAACCUAACUUCCUUCUCACUUCUUCCGACAAUCUUAUCGCAAUCGUUGAUUCCUAUGGCACACCUGUACAAUAUUCUAACACUAACAACACUUUGGAUACCGUUAUCAAUGCUAAUAUGGUAACAAAGUAUAAAAGUAAGUUGAAAAGCAAGAUAGUGUAUAUGGAAUGUCAUCCAAGGCUACCAAAUAUAGUUGCAAUAGGCUGUGCAGAUGGUUCGGUUUAUUUGUUUUUUUAUGAAAUCGAGAAUUUUGAGCUAUUUGACUACCUUUUCGUCCAUAAAUUUGAACUUCCAGUUAAAAAGCUAAUUUGGUACCUGUUCCCAUUUCCACUAGAAGAGGAACUAAAAUUUAAUAAAAAGAACUUUGUGCAGAGAAUUUGGAAGUCAGUUUACUCCUCAAAGUACACCUCGAUCCUACUUGUACAACUGGAAAGUACCAGAAACUCACUAAAAGAAGUAAUUUACUAUGUUAGAUUAAUGAAUAAAAUGAAGGUUUUCGGCCUCAAUUUAACGAAAAAAGUCUUUGAUCUCCUUAUAAUUCAGUUUCCUCCGCCUAUAGAAUCCAAUAAAAUUUCCGAUACUGAAUCUAGUGUCAAAGAGUGUUAUGAUAAUUAUAGUCUAAUUUGUGAUUAUUUAUGUGUAGUAUAUCGAGACUUAAACAGAGUAACGUUUGAGCUCUUUUUACUUGGAUUGGACUUGAAAUUUCAACUCAUUAAGUCAUUUAACACCAGAGUUCAAGGUUCAAUUACCAAUAUUAUUCUAACAAACAAACAAUAUAAUCAAUAUUCAUUAUACAAUUUAGACAUAAAUGACGAUAAUAGUAAUAUAGAAAACACUGAUAACAGGUUAAAUGUAGUUGCAACCAAUAAUUCUUUGAUGGGAUUUGGUAAGUGUGUAAAUUCAUUACAGCAAUUUCUUAUAUUGAGUACAAAUUUGGGUUACGUAUACAUUACAUCGUUGGUGGAUUUGUAUAAUAAGUUGACUCCUGCAAGGAUUGAUUCCGAGAUUCUAGAGGAAAAGGUACAGUUUGAUGAGAUAUUUGUAUGUAACUCUAACUUGCUGGACUUAAAUUUUACAGUCGUUUACUCACCUGAGUUCUUCAAUUCUGAUUUAAACCCUUUAAAAACUACCAACAACAUUUGUAUGUGUAACGAGGUGUGUUACUUCGUGGUAAGUAUUGGACUUCACAAUAUGAUACUGCUAUACCUAAUAGUCUGUGACCAUAAAGGUAAUAACUUGGGUUUGAAACUGAUACACUUGGAGAAGGUGAAAUAUAGCUCAUUUUUACUAAUAAAUGAGCCUUUCAACUACUUUAAACUCCUAAUUAACCAAAAGAACUGUUUACUACAGCUAUACUUCAAUUACGAGCAAAUCCACUCACUAAUGCACUCAAAUUAA